GGGUGGAAUAUUGUAUUCUAUGGUUUAAACAAUAAAAAAUAAAUAUUGAAUAUUAAAAACAAACACAAUGAUUGUAAAAAACAAGUAUGGGUUGGUUUCUUGUUGGUGUUGAAUAAUUGUCCUAAAGAAUUUUUAUAUCUUUUGACAAAGUCUGAUUGUUUUUUUAUCUUCAUGUGUGUGUAUAUACGUGAAAGGGAAAUCGUUUCAAGUGCUGCUGUAGUUUAUUUUUGUUUUUGAAAUCUAAUUUGAAUGAGUUCUCAUCGAUGGAUGUCUUCAAAGUCUGCUGGCUAUUACAGCAGCAAGAGUGCCCAUUUGGAUAAAAAUCCUGGGACAAGUUCAUCAGCAAUUAAGUCCAAUAAUACUCCCCUGCCCGGCGAAUCUUCGUUUUCCUCUAGUUUUAUGUGCGACGAGUAUGAUUUUGAAGAUGAUCAUGAUGACGAAAUUGAUGACGGAGAGAACGAAGAACGUGAAGAAAGUGAUGAGGACACGGAAGAAGCCAGUGAGACAGACAUGGGAAAGAAUGAAGAAUUCACUGAAAUCAAGGAACAGAUGUACAAGAACAAGUUGUCCAGUCUGAAGAAGCAGCUGCAGCAGCUGAAAGACGGCACACACCCAGAGUACAACCGCAAGUUGAAGAGGCUGGACAUGGCUUUAAAGGAGAGGUUACGACUGAACACAAUUUCUAGGGACUACAUGGUAGAAUGCGUGGAGCGAGAGUAUGUGAUUGAGCAGAAAGCCAUAGCGAAGAAGUUCGAAGAGGACAAGGUAGAACUGCGGGAGACCCUGAUCGCAGACUUGGAGGAAAAGCGCAAGAUCAUUGAGGCCGACCGCCACACCAUGGAGCUGACCGGGGACUCCAUGGAGGUGAAGCCGGCGAUGACCCGCAAGCUGAGGCGCCGCCCCAACGACCCGGUCCCCAUCCCGGAGAAGAGGCGCAAGCUGCCGCCCGCCCAGCUCAACUACCUGCUCGAUGAGAAGGAGAUCGAGAACGACCUGAAGAUCAUCAGCCGGGGGAAGACCGUUGGCCCCGUGAGGAAGCCUGCUCUGAUCCCAGCCGCGGGUGUCUCCACCACAUCAUCACAGGCGGAGAACCCCCUGCCGGACAUCAGGGUCGAAGAUGGCAAGCUCCUGUUCGAGAAAAGAUGGUUUCACCGAGGACAGCCUGUGUACGUCGAAGGAAAGGAUUAUCCACGGUUCCCUGGGAUCAUAUCUGCUAUUGGAAUGGAAGUGAUAUGGGUGAAAAAGAUUGUGGACGGCAGUAAGGUUCGCAUAUACAUGUCCCAGCUUAUGAGGGGAAAAAUGUCAAUAAAAAGGCGAGCAUCGUGAUUGAAUUUUUUUUUUGUAAAAAUCAAGUGUAAAUUGUCAUGUUUUAUUUUUGUCAUAUUUUUAUACUGAAUGUUGUACAGUAAAUUAUUAAAGCUUAUGCUUGUAGAAA